CCCAGAAUUUCUCGGCCCAUGCAAGAGGUGGCUGGAAGGUCCUGCAGAAGGGAGAGAACAGGCUGUGCAUGGGAGCUGCCGUCUGUAUAUAGGUAUGGCACAAAGAGGCUUCCUGUGGGAACAGAAAUGGAUACGGUUCACCUGGAUUCAAGGCAAGGGAGCACCGCUGUCUCCCAACUUGGCCACCCGCCAUUUUAGUUCUCCUUUGUCAAGUUGUGCACAGUCUGGCCUUCCAAAAACCCAUAGCCAGACCCACUGGGCACCCAAACUCCCAACAUCAGCUGCUGUAGAUGUGCAGAGGUUCAGCAUCCCUGUGGCUUGCCUCUUUGAUUCCCAAUGGGCUGUGUUUAAAACUAUAAUUAGUUGAGAAGUAUGGGCUAAAAUAAAAUAAAUAUUGGCAGCUGUGCGGCAUUAGCGCUGAGCUAAUCUGGGCGCUCUGAGCCCGGCCUUGGCUGGGGAGGGCGGGGUAUAUAUUAAAAAUUAGUAGUAGUAGUAGUAGUAGUAUUAGAAAAGGCAGGUUCUGGGAUCACCUUCAUAGGAAGGGAGUUUUGGUUGCAAGGUUGGACAGUUCCUGUCUGGGAGAUGGAAAUUUGGGGAAUGUGUCGUUAUGCAAUCGCCUCACCUCAAAAAGGACAUUGUAGAGCAACUCCUCUGUGAAGAAAGGUUGCCACAUUUGGGACUUUUUAGUUUAGAGAAAAGGGGAGUCAGAGGCAAAGUUUAUAAAAUGCUGCACGGCAUGGAGGAAGUGGAGAGAGAAACGUUUGCCUCCCUCUCAUAACGCCAAAACUCGCAGACAUCCAAGGAAACUGAACAUUGGGAGGUUCAGGGCAGAUAAAAGUCCUUCAUGCAGUGCGGAGUUAAACUGUGGAACUCCCUGCCACAGGAAGCAGAGAUGGCCACCAACCUGGAUGGCUUUAAAAGAGGACUGAACAAAUUCAUGGAGGAGGGGGCUACGGAUGGCUCCUAGCCCUGAUGGCUCUGCUCUCCCUUCACAGCUGGGGACAGCAAUGCUUCUGAAUGCCAGUUGCUGGAAAUGGCAGAAGGGGAGAGUUGCCCUUGUGCUUGAAUCCUUCUUGCGGGUUGACCUUUAAAGCCCUAAACGGCCUUGGCCCAGUAGACUUGAAGGAGCGUCUCCACCCCCAUCGUUCGGCCCGGACACUGAGGUCCAGCGUCAAGGGCCUUCUGGUGGUUCCCUCGCUGCAAGAAGCCAAGUCACAGGGAACCAGGCAGAGGGCCUUCUCGGUGGUGGCACCCGCCCUGUGGAACGCCCUCCCACUAGAUGUCAAGGAAAUAAACAACUACCUGACUUUUAGAGGACAUCUGAAGGCUGCUCUGUUUAGGGAAGUUUUUAAUGUGUGACACUUCAAUGUACUGUAUUUUUCGCUCUAUAAGACGCACCAGGCCACAAGACGCACUUAGUUUUUGGAGGAGGAAAACAAGAAAAAGAAUAUUAUGAAUCUCAGAAGCCAGAACAGCAAGAGGGAUCGCUGCGCAGUGAAAGCUGUUCUGGCUUCUGGGAUAGCUGCGCAGCCUGCAUUCGCUCCAUAAGACGCACACACAUUUCCCCUUACUUUUUAGGAGAGAAAAAGUGAGUCUUAUAGAGCAAAAAAUACUGUAUUUUUAAUCUUUGUUGGAAGCCGCCCAGAUUGGCUGGGGAAACCCAGCCAGAUGGGCGGGGAAUAAAUUAUUAUUAUUAUUAUUAUUAUUAUUAUUAUUAAUUAUCCUGCAGGCUCCUGGCUGGCCACUGUGAGAACAGGAGGCUGGGCUUGAUGGGCCACUGGCAAGCUCUUCUGACAUCUUCUGAAAGAGGAAGGGCCAUUUCUGUUUCUUAAACAAGACUGCCUAGUCUGAGCUAAACUAGGAACCGGUUGCUUUCCUUGGGUAACUGAUGGAGAGGGUUGAGGUGAGGCAGCUGCAGGAAGCCUUGGAUGAAAUGGAUUAUCUAGGCCAGCCUUCCCCAACCUGGUGCCCUCUGGGUGAGGUGGACCAAGCCUCAGUCAGGCUGUGACUGUGUGUGUGUGUGUGUGUUUAUCUUGUGAUGCUGUAAACAGCUUCUCUCGCCGCAGGGUAUAUCCAGCCCUAUGCCUAACCGGAGGCAGCUGCAAAGAGGCACAAUCAAGGUGGCAGAGCUGACAUGGUUGCCUGAGAAAGGUAAUAGACCACCAUCCCUUUUACCCCUGCCCUAUGGAGGGGGUGGGGUGGAAGGGGAGGCAAUCCGGCCCUCCUGGCCUCUCUCUCUGGCCCUUGAGAAACUCUCUCCAGGCUACACCUCCUCCCCCAGCCAGCAAGUUUGUUUUCUGCUGCUCAGAAGGGAAAGGACCCUAAUCGGUGGAUUCAAAUUCCAAGAAAGGAGAUUCUGACUAAACAUUAGGAAGAACUUCCUGGCAGUAAGAGCUCUUUAUAAAAAAAAAACAAUGAAAUUAUAAUAAUUAUUAUUAUUCAGCUGUGGAAUGGACUCCCUUGGAAAGAGGUGGGGUGGCCCCCUGCCAGGGAUUCUUUAGCUGAGAUUCCCUGACAAGACAGAAGUACUGUUUUGGGGGGACAGGGGAUGGGCAGGUAUGGAGGACUCCCUGGUCCUGAAUGGGGCACCUGUGCCCCUGAAGGACCAGGUGCACAGCCUGGGAGUCAUUCUGGACUCACAGCUGUCCAUGGAGGUGCAGGUCAGUUCUGUGUCCAGGGCAGCUGAUUAUCAGCUCCAUCUGGUACGCAGGAUGAGACCCCACCUGCCUGCAGACUGUCUUGCCAGAGUGGCACAUGCUCUGGUUAUCUCCCGCUUGGACUACUUCAAUGCGUUCUAUGUGGGGCUACCUUUGAAGGUGACCCGGAAACUACAACUAAUCCAGAAUGCGGCAGCUAGACUGGUGACUGGGAGUGGCCGCCGAGACCACAUAACACCGGUCAGAAAGACCUACAUUGGCUCCCAGGACGUUUCCGAGCACAAGUCAAAGUGUUGGUGCUGACCUUGAAAGCCCUAAACAGCCUCGGCCCAGUAGACCUGAAGGAGCGUCGCCACCCCCAUCAUUCUUCCCAGACACUGAGGUCCAGCUCCAAGGGCCUUCUGGCGGUUCCCUUGCUGCAAGAAGCCAAGUUACAGGGAAGCAGGCAGAGGGCCUUCUCAGUGGUAGCACCUGCCCUGUAGAACGCCCUCCCACCAGAUGUCAAAGAGAACAACUACCUGACUUUUUGAAGACAUCUGAAGGCAGCCCAGUUUAGGGAAAUUUUUAAUGUUUAAUAGGUUAUUGUAUUUUAGUGUUUUGUUGGAAGCCGCCCAGAGUGGCUGGGGAAACCCAGCCAGAUGGGCAGGGUAUAAAUAAUAAAUUAUUAUUAUUAUUAUUAUUAUUAUUAUUAUUAUUAGUUGAGCUAGAUGACCGCUGGACUCUCUUCCAAACUUGAGAAUUCUAUGAUCCUCUUUCCCAGGCCAAACACCUUGAAUCUCAUCUUCCUUGAGGGCUUUUGCCUGGCUGGAAGGUGCAAUCAAAUUCAGAGGUAAUGGCUCUGGAUGGCCUAGGUGACACCCAGGGAGCAGGGUGUGAGCUGAGCAUAGAAACCAUCCUCUUCUACAAAGUUAAAAUGGUUAUGUUCCCUUCUCCACCCACGUUUGCUUAAGACCCUGCCCACCACUAGCAUUCGGCCCUCGGACAGUCGUCCAGGAGGGAAUGUGGCCCCGGGAGAAAAGGAAGUUCCCCCAGGCCUGUUUUGGAUCUACAUUCUGCAACAGGCAAGCAAUCCACCAGACAUCAGCAUCGUUACCCGCAGGCCUGCCAAGACUCCAUUCCUUUCCCUUUUGCUCAUCCUGAAGGCUGCCAGUACUUUUGUCCUGGCUGACUCUCGCAGCUGUGUCCAUCAGCACGUAAGGAGUGGAACUGUUCCCGCAUUUCGUUCCCCUCCUGGCUAGGUACCAGAAUAGACUGGUGCCAAGCUGCAGGGUGGCAGCGGGUGGGGAGAGAAAUGGCAUUAUUUCAUUUAUGUACUCCAAGGUGCAUCUAACAGUGGAAGCACAGCACUGGGUCAUCUAGUCCAGCCCCUGAAAUGCAAAAAUCCGACCUCUGCUUUAAAAUCUCCAAAUAAAUGGCCAAGGGAGUCCGUUCUACUGUCAAGCAGCUCUCGCCCUCAGCAAGUUUAAUCAGAAUCUCCUUUCCCGAAACUUGAAUCCGCUGGUUCGGAUCCCACUGGCUCCAUCUUCCAUGUGAUGUCCCUUCAGAUUUUUGAAGAUGGCUUUUAUGAAAACCUUCAGAAGGGAGCAGUCUGUACCUGCUCAGAGGUACUAAAAACACAAAGUUGUUGUUUUUAAGUUGCUUUGUAUCUUUGAAACUUUUUGUUUUAAGCUCCUUUUUGCUGGGGUGGGGGAGGCAAUCUGCCUGUGCUCAGAGACACCGAGUCUGAGGUGCAAGGAAUGGUGGCAGCUACUGUGAGGGGAUGCGGGUGGCGCUGUGGGUUAAACCACAGAGCCUAGGACUUGCCAAUCAGAGGGUUGGCGGUUCGAAUCCCCGUGACGGGGUGAGCUCCCAUUGCUCGGUCCCUGCUCCUGACCGCCUAGCAGUUCGAAAGCACGUCAAAGUGCAAGUAGAUAAAUAGGUACCGCUCCAGCGGGAAGGUAAACGAUGUUUCCGUGCGCUGCUCUGGUUUGCCAGAAGCGGCUUAGUCAUGCUGGCCACAUGACCCGGAAGCUGUACGCUGGCUCCCUCGGCCAAUAAAGCGAGAUGAGCGCCGCAACCCCAGAGUUGGUCACGACUGGACCUAAUGGUCAGGGGUCCCUUUACCUCCUGUGAAAACUUAUCAUUUAACUUUAUUUAUUGAAAAUAUAUAUUUAUGGCCACCUUCCUCUGGCAGAGAGCAGUGCCCAAGUGUGGCUUUUCCAAAGACUUUUAACACUAACAGGGAACUGCUGGGCAAAUUUUGUGUGGUUUGUGUGUGUGUGUACUUGCGGAAGUGCAUCCACACCCAUGGCAGAAGCUGAAUGUUGGGAGAUUCAGGACAGAUAAAGGCCCUUCUUCAGGCAGCUCACAGUUAACCUGCGGAACUCCCUCCCACAAGAGGCAGUGAUGGCCACCAUCCUGGGUGGAUUUAAAAGAUUAGACAAAUCCGAGGAGGGCUAUCAGUGACUACUAGCCAUGAUGGCUAAUUGCUGGAAGAGAGUGUUCUUGUGUGUUUGAAUCCCAAUUGUGGGUUUCCCAUAAGGGGCAUCUGGGUGGCUGCUGUAAGAAAAAGAGGUUGACUAUAUGGGCCAUUGGCCUGAUCCAGCAGCCAGGCUGUUAUGUCCUUAUGGAACCUCCAGCUCCAGAAGCAGUCUAUCUAGGUUCUUUGGGUCACAGUGAGAACAGGAUGCUGGACCAGACGGAUGCUCUUCAGAUGUUGUUAGGUAGCAGAAGGCUUGAUGAUGGGAAGGGGAGCGUGAGAGACCAAUGAGUUAACAGCAGAGGGCAAAUUUCAGGGGAGAUGCUGAGAAAUUAUAGUUAGGGGCUGCAUGGUGGAGGUCUUUGACUAGAAGCUUGAAGCUGAGGUGGAUGGGAAAGGAAGCCAUUCUGAGGAGCUUUGAGGACAAGAGUGGCACAUUUACAGUGAUGGGGAGAGGAGGAAAGCAUCUUUGAGGUGAGAUUAAAAGCCAACAGAAACACGGGCAAUUCUAGGGGAAAGAGGUCACAAAGUGGAAGGGUAUCCCCCUAAAAUGCAGCAGGGUGAAGAGGAGACAAUCCGUCCACCCUGGGACCUCACCUGAGGCCCAAAAUGGGGCAGGGAUUCUGGUCGCUGCCUGAUGCCUGCCCUUUCCGCCCCUUCCAGGAUGGAGACCUACGAGGACCACCUUUGGUGCCCCUACAAUUCCCAGAGCGGGGAGGACGAGGAGGACAAUGAAGAGCCCUACCACGACCCCCACCUGGCCAGGGUGCGGGCUCGGAGCACGAGCCGCUCCCGCCACCACUCCUCCUUCCUGGUGGAUGAGCUAGACAUGCUCAUGGACAAGGCAGCCACCACCAUCCAGGCCACGUGGCGAGGCUACCUGGUGCGGAGGCGCGUCCUUCGUGAACACGCUGCCGCCUCAGUCAUCCAGGCCGCGUGGAGGCACUUCAUCACCCGGGAGUACGCGGCCCUGCAGCGGGAGCAGGUGCCCUCGUGGCAAGGGUAUAGGCAGGAGCAUCGGGUUGAGAGGAGGAGGAGGAGGAGAACGACGACGACGAGGAGGAGGACGACACCCUCCCUGGCCUCCUUCAACGAGGGGAGCAGGUCCUGGGGGGCCCCGGAGAUGGACAAAGAGCAAGCUACGAUCACCAUCCAGGCACACUACCGGGGCUACAAGACCCGGCAGGCCCUCGCAGAGUGCAGGCGGGCAGCCACGACUAUCCAGGCGCACUGGAGGGGCUACCGCACCCGGCAGGAGCUGGCGCAGAUGCCACGACGCCCUGCCCACCGGCCCGGCCCGAGAGGGACCUACUACGGGCAGCCCAGCUACAUGCCCGGGAGCUCCUCUUGGGUGGGCCCCUACCCCAGGAAGCACUGGCGCAAGUGUCUCGUGGGAGACCCCGAGGAGUGGGCGAGCAAGGUCCCUCGGACUCAGUCGUCACACGCGAGGGAGCACCCGGGGGGAGGCAGGAGAGAGCACCUGCAAUUCCGGGAAAGGGAGCGUCCGGAAACCCGGGAAAGGGAGCGCCCCGAAUUCAGGGAAAGAGAGCAGCCAGGAGCCAGGGAGAGAGAGCGCUCGGAGCCCAAGUCGUGCCCCCGCUGUGGGAGAUGCACCACUGUGCGCGUCCUGGUGGGGGUUGGCAAAGGCCCGCCCUCCGAAUCGGACAUGGACGACAGCGAGUGCGAGGGGCACGCCCGGCCUGCGUCCGCCAGGAGGAAGAGCCCGGCUCCCAGGUCGAGAGGGUCACAGUCGCCUGCCAGGCCCGAGCCUUACGGGUCCCAUGUGUCCUACCAGAUGGGCCCCAGGGCCUAUUACCCUGGGAACCAGAGCAUAGCGUCUGAAGACCAGCCGCGGAGGCAGGGCCGGGAUCACGGAGGCCUGAGCCAGCGCUAUUCCACGGGCCACGCGUCUGCCCGUCCCACGCGGGACCGCAACACAGCGCGGAGCCUCUCCUCCACCAGCCUCAGCCAACAGGGAGCACCCAGCGCGGGGACCUCCGAAUGGCUUUAUGAGAACUACUACGCCCGCCGGAUGGGCGAGGGCCAGAAGCGGGUGUUCAAGACGCGGAAGCAGAUGUGGCAGGUGGCGCGGGCAGCGACCCUCAUCCAGGCCUUCUGGAGGGGUUGGAGAGCACGGCAGAUCUUGCGCCAACAGCAGGAAGCUGCCAUCAAGAUCCAGUCCGCCUAUCGGGGCUACAGGACCAGGCUGUACCUCAUCGAGGCCGGAGUGCUGAGUGAGGGAGACACUGAGUGACACCCGGCCCUUAAGAAUACGGGGCCCAGUGGGAGCCCGAUCGGGAGGGGGGGCAGGCUGGUGGUCGUCACUGGAUGGCUGUUCCCACUGCAGCCUUCUCCUUCCUAGUACAAGCAAACGAGCUUACAUCCCAAUAAAUAAAUCCUAAUUACAAACCUUUCGGAAAAGUCA